AAUCAGUCAGCCUGUUAUGUAAUCUGGAGCCAGGCUGCCGUUUGACGUCAACCCCAAAAAACUACAACUUCAAACAGGCGUUUCUGCUGUGCGUUCUGUGACGUCAUCAGCAGAAGACGCUCACUGUGCAGCCGGCCAGCUCGCGAUCCGGGUGCAGCUCGUGUACGGUCUGGAUUCUGUGAUCGGUCCUCGGAAGCUUCAGCAUGGCCGCCCCGCUCAGAGUGUGCAUAGUGGGCUCCGGAAACUGGGGCUCAGCCAUCGCCAGGAUCAUUGGAAACAACGCCAGGUCGCUGCGAUUCGCCACCACCGUGAAGAUGUGGGUGUACGAAGAGAACAUCAACGGCAGGAAGCUCACUGACAUCAUCAACACGGAGCACGAGAACGUAGAGUACCUGCCGGGAUACAAGCUGCCAGAGAACGUGGUGGCUGUCCCCAAGCUGCGGGACGCUGCAGAGGGAGCGGACCUGCUGGUGUUCGUGGUCCCUCACCAGUUCAUCCGGAACCUCUGUGACGAGAUGGUGGGCUGUGUCUCCACCAACGCCCGGGGAAUCACACUCAUAAAGGGUAUAGAUGAGGGCCCCGGGGGCCUGAAGCUGAUCUCAGACAUCAUCCGAGAGAAGAUGGGGAUCGACGUCAGCGUCCUCAUGGGAGCAAACAUCGCCAAUGAAGUGGCAGCGGAGAAGUUCUGUGAGACCACCAUCGGCAGUAGGAUUCUGGAGAACGGCCUGCUGUUCAAAGAGCUGCUGCAGACUCCUAACUUCCGGAUCACGGUGGUUGAUGAUGCAGACACAGUGGAGCUGUGUGGAGCUCUGAAGAACAUCGUUGCAGUGGGUGCAGGCUUCUGCGACGGCUUGCGGUGCGGUGACAACACCAAGGCAGCGGUGAUCCGUCUGGGGCUGAUGGAGAUGAUAGCCUUCGCUAAACUCUUCUCCAAGAACGGCUCCGUUUCUACGGCAACCUUUCUAGAGAGCUGCGGCGUUGCCGACCUCAUCACUACGUGCUAUGGCGGUCGCAAUCGACGAGUGGCAGAGGCCUUCUGUAAGACGGGGAAGAGCAUCGAGGAGCUGGAGAAGGAGAUGCUCAACGGGCAGAAGCUGCAGGGUCCUGCUACCUCCGCCGAGGUUUACCACAUCCUCCAGCAGAAGGGCCUGCUGGACAAGUUCCCUCUGUUCACAGCCGUCUAUCACAUUUGUUUUGAGGGGAAGCCGGUCCAGCAGAUGAUCUCGUGCCUGCAGAGCCACCCGGAGCACCUGUGAUUGGUCGGAGGGGUCCACCCUGCUGAACAUGUUCACACCAACAACAUCAGCUGCCAAUGCUAACAAAC